AUGCCAUCACAAAGAAAAACAACGGCCCCUAGUCCCCAGCAGGCCUUAAAUGGUCAAGGGAUGCCAAGAAUCCCUGGGAAGUAUGCAAUAGCGGAGGGAUGCUUCAGAAAAAUUCAGAAUGGCCCCUCUAUGGUACUUAGACUUAGAACGCUCAAUGUUGGAUCACUGAUAGGCCACAGCAUGGAAAUCGCAGAAAUGCUCGAGCGUAGAAGGAUUGACAUCUGCUGCCUUCAGGAAACCCGAUGGAAAUCGAAUGGUGUCUGUCAUGUCAACUCAGACAAAGAAAAAUAUAAACUAUUUUGGAAUGGUCAAAAGACGGCCAAAAAUGUUGUUGGAAUUUUUGUCAGAGAACCGCUAGCCCAAGAAGUACUGGAUAUUAAAAGAAUUAAUUCACGUCUCAUGUGGAUCAAGCUUCGCAUAGAAAAGCAAACAAUGAUUUUUUCUGCAUGCGCACCACAGACAGGCGAAUCAGAAGAGAUGAAAAAUGACUUGAAUUUACAUGCACUUGAAACAACGAACAAAGUUGCACUGAUCAUAGGCAAUGCAUCGUAUCGAACUUAUGGUUAUCCGUUGCCAGCGGUGCGACCCGACAUGUUCCAUACAACGAAAUUGUUCGAAGAAAUGGGCUUCAAAGUCAUCUCGCUGCUCGACCUUACACUCAGUGAAAUGAAACGAGCUGUGGCUUGUUUCUGCAAUUUAUUAUCAGAAAACUCUUAUGGUUGA